UUCCAGCAGGGGAUAGGGAAGUGUUUCCGCCGUCUCCCGUCGCAGCUGCUUCCCGAGGCGGGGGAAGGACCGGGCCGAGGCUGCUGGCACCCGCCCCGCCCGGCUCGGGCCUCCCCACCGCUGCCCGCGGUGUGGGGAGCCCCGCCGCGCGGCGUGCGGCGCCUUGGAGACGGGUGUUUUUCCUGGAGAAUUUCCUGCUGCUUUAUCUUUUUCUGGGCCGAGUUUCUGAACGGGGCUGGGCGGCAGGGCUGAGCUGAAAACGUCCUUCUAGAAAAAGCGCAACCAGUGCUUGUGGCCGAGACAGUAUUUUGAGUGUUAUACUGAAGCCGAAGCAGCAAAACCGCACAUAAUACGUAAAUAAUACAAAUCGAGAUUGAUCAUGAGGACGUUUUGUGGAAGAGCUAAUCCAACCACUGGUGCAAUGGAGUGGUUAGAAGAGGAUGAGGACUAUGACUACCAUCAGGAAAUUGCAAGGUCACGCUAUGCAGAUAUGCUUCAUGAUAAAGACAGAAACACAAAGUACUACCAAGGUAUUCGUGCUGCAGUGAACAGAGUAAAAGAAAGAGGUGAGAAAGCAAUUGUUCUAGAUAUAGGGACUGGCACAGGACUCCUGUCUAUGAUGGCAGCUUCAGCGGGUGCAGAUUUCUGCUAUGCAGUUGAGGUUUUCAAGCCCAUGGCUAAUGCUGCUGUGAAAAUAGUGGAGAAAAAUGGUUUUCGUGACAAGAUCAAGGUAAUCAACAAGCACUCCACUGAAGUCACAGUUGGCCCAGAUGGAGAUAUGCAGUGUCGUGCAAACAUCCUGGUAACAGAAUUAUUUGAUACAGAGCUGAUAGGAGAAGGAGCUUUACCAACCUAUGAGCAUGCACACAAAUACCUUGUACAGGAAGGAUGUGAGGCAGUGCCUCAUAGGGCAACAGUGUAUGUCCAGUUAGCGGAAUCCAAAAGAAUGUGGUCCUGGAACAAACUGUUUCCUGUUCGUGUUGAAGCAGAGGAUGGUGAAAAAAUUAUUGUGUCCCCUUCAGAAAUGGAGAACUGUCCAGGUGUUCCUUCUGUUUGUGACAUCCAGCUGAACCAGAUGCCUUCAAGUGACUUCACUAUCCUUAGUGAUGUGUUGACAAUGUUCAGUGUGGAUUUCAGUAAGCCAGUGAGGAGUGCUUCUACCUACUACAGACUGCAGCUGGAGCCUGUGAAAUCUGGCAAGGCACAAAUCGUGCUUUCCUGGUGGGACAUUGACAUGGACCCUUCUGGGACGAUAAAUUGUACAAUGGCUCCAUACUGGGUAAACUCCACUUCUGCUUUCCAGUGGAGAGAUCACUGGAUGCAGUGUGUGUAUUUUCUUCCAAAUGAGGAGCUGGUUCUCCAGGGUGAGAAGGUGUACCUGACUGCCUGCCGUGAUGAGUAUGCCCUGUGGUAUAAGCUGCAGAAAGCCAGAGGAGAAGAGGAGAAUAAAUCAGAUGUUCGUGUUGAGAGUCCUGUUUGUAGAUGUCAGGCUCAUCUUCUUUGGAACAGACCGCGCUUUGGGGAGUUAAAUGAUCAGAACCGAACACGCCAAUACAUCAAGGCUUUGAUGAAAGUUCUGAAAAAAGAUAGUGUUUGCCUCUGUAUCAGUGAUGGCAGUCUGCUGCCGGUGCUGGCUCACUAUCUUGGAGCAAAGCAGGUAUUUACAUUAGAAAACUCUGCUGUGUCCUGUUCUGUCAUGAAAAAAUUUUUUAAAGCAAAUCAUCUUGAAGAUAAAAUUAAAAUAAUAGAAGCACGUCCUGAGUUGCUGACCCCUUCUCAUGUGGAAGAUAAAAAGAUUUCUGUUCUUGUGGGAGAGCCGUUUUUUACUACAAGUUUGUUACCAUGGCACAACUUGUAUUUCUGGUAUGCUAGGACGGCUGUGACCAGUCACCUUACCAGCAACGCCACUGUCCUACCUCAGUCUGCUUCUUUGCACAUGAUGAUUGUGGAGUUUCAGGACUUAUGGAGAAUCCGGAGUCCAUGUGGCACCUGUGAAGGUUUCGAUGUCCAGACUAUGGAUGAUAUGAUUAAAAAUUCUCUGAAUUUUAGGGAAUCCAAGGAAGCAGAACCUCACCCUCUGUGGGAGUAUCCUUGCAAGUCACUCUCUGACCCCCGGGAAGUUUUGACAUUUGACUUCAGAAAGACUGUACCGCAACACAGUCUCAGCACAGAGGGUUCUGUAAAUCUUUUACGGAAAGGAAAGAGCCAUGGAGCAGUUCUGUGGAUGGAAUAUCAUCUUGCUGCGGAUAUCUCUGUUAGUACAGGACUGGUGCAAAUUUCAGAUGAAAAGGGAAGCUGUGAAUGGAAUCCCCACUGCAAGCAAGCUGUGUAUUUUUUCAGUUCUGUUAUUGAAUCUGAAACUCUGUCUGACCUUCCUAGUGCUGUCACGUAUGCUAUAAAUUUUGACACAAAGACAGGAGAGAUUGCUAUGGAUUUUAAGCUAUUGUAAAAUACUUUACUCAUGUUCCUAAAUUAUAAUAAACUAUAGUAUUUUUUUGUAUGGCAGAGGGAUUUUUUUUAUUGUGGUCAGAGAGCAAACUGACUGUUCGGAAAUAUACUUUAAACUUGUUUGGUUUUGUUUUCAAAAUACAUAGUUGCAGAGCUGGAGAGGAACCUUUUCUUAAGGACAGGUAUUCCUGACAGGGUUUAUAUACGUAUAUGCACAUACUUGUUAUCACCAGUUUCAAUGUGAAACUCUGGUACUUUGGGGUUUUGAAUAAUGUUAUGGAGCUACAAAACAGUUGACUUACUGGUUAUUGCAUGGCACAUCAGUGGAUGAAAACACUAAACCUUACACUAACAUUAGAUAAAAGAGAGUUAAGCUCAUCUAUUUCUAGGCUUUGCUCUUGUCACUGUAAAAGGGGAAAUAAUCUUCAGAGCGUGCAAAAAUCCCAAGUCAAGCUACAUAUGUCUAUUAGUACACUUAAUAGGGACAAGAAAACAGUUUAGCUGCUCACAGACUUCUGUAAGUUGUGGCUAGUAUUUAGCUGAAAUGGUCGGUGAAUUAAAGUAUGAGGCACUGACAUCCUGCUGGAGUCUGAGAUGCUGCGUUUCUGAAGAGACAUUUGCCAAAAAGCCACCAAAGUUUGGAAAGGUGUAACUGGAAAUUAGAAAAUGUACGUGUUCAGGUUAAUUGGAAGUGGCAAACUGAUGGUAGUCUGACCAAAACCAAAGAGAGCUGUAAUCUAAAAAAAUUGCAGAUCUUUAGGAGAUACGUAAUAUGCAUUAUAUGAUCAAAAAUGGAGCCUUAUACUCAUUCCAUCAGAGGCCUAAAUAAUAUCUGCCAGUUUAGCUAAGUUGUAUGUUGUUCUGCAAUAGCACAUAUCCACAACUGAGGUUUUCUUAGUUGCAUUCCAAAUCAUGUUGGCAGAAAUUGUAGUGUGUGACCAUGUGUCUGCAAUUAAUUCUGCUUUAGAUGAACAAUCAAUUGGUGUAUCCAUUUUGUAUGUAUGACCUAUUAAGGGAAAUAGAAAAUCAAUGUACUGCCUGUCCUAAAUUAUGUCAGCCAACUGCAGGGAUAACUGCUUACCAAAGCUACUCCUAUUUCCUCUGAGCAGCAACUUCAGCAAAGUGAAAGAAAUGCCAUAAAGAAGCAAUGAGGGAGCAGGAGCCUAUUAUAUUUUGCUUUCCUGGUCACUAUGAUAUAUAAUUCUGGUUUCUGUCUAGGAUUUGAGCCCUAAAGAUACCCCUUUUGUGGACAAGGACACUAAUGAAAGAACAGGAGCUGGUUAUCUUCCUCUGUAAAAUGAAAGCCCCGCAAUCACAGGUCCGAUGGUGCUCUUCGCAGUGGCGUGGGCACAGUCCCAGAGUAUCUUAGCUCUUAAAUUACACACAGGAGACUGGCCAAGUAACCUCCUGCUCUUGCUCGGGGUUUUGCUGAAGUGCAGCUGCGUAACCCUGCAACAGCAGCCUGUUUGCUGUGGAUUUUAUCUCUCACUCCUGUUAUUUUCCCCUGCCUCUUCUCGUUCUUGACUUGCACAUUGCUCUCGGGGUGUAGCUCAUGCUUUGGAAGGAGUGGGUGCUUCACUUUACUGAGUGGACUCCGGCUUCUUAAGGCUGAUGGAUCCUGCUGUAUCUGUACUCCCAUAAAGUGACUGCUUCCUUCAUGCUAGACUAUCUAAAAAACCCAUUAGUCACAACCCUGAGAAUCAGCAAAUACAUCAAGCUGUGGCGAUGAAUGGGGUGGGAGGGAGAGACAAAAAACCUUCACUGCAGCACCUGAAAUUGCAGUAUUAGUGAGAACAGCUGAAGUAACUGUACUGGAGGUCUACAUGUGUAAUCGCAAGCCUACCUCAGGGGCACGAAGGGCUGCUGACCCUGCCCCUCGCUCUAGGUGCCAUGGGCCCUGAGUGCCUCCAGAGCUAAUUAGCCUAAUGAACCGCCUCCCCGGGACCCUCGCGAGGCCGGGGCAGGGAGGCGGCCGUUUGCCCAGGGGCGCUCCCGCCCGCACCUGCCCGGGGCGCGAGCCGCGCUCCUGAUUGGCCGAGCCCCCUCCUCAGGCCGCCUGGGCGCCAUUUUGGCCUCCCGCCGCCUCAGGGGAGGGGACGGACAUGUUGUUCUUAUAUCCCACCCCACCGCCCUCCCGGCCGCGGCGGAGGAGGCGGCGAGGGAGCAGUGGUUCGCGUCUGCGUCGCGGGACGGCCGCUAUCUACAGUCCCAAAGAACUCCACAGUAUGAACAUUCUGUCAGCAGCUCUCUGGGCCGUGGUUUGGUUGUAGCGCUGUCGGGAGCUGCAGUGAACAAAGGGGCAUGAAGAGCAGUGGAGCUAAGGGAGCCACAGAGCAAAAAGCCCUCCUCAUAAAGCUCGAGGGACCACCUCUCAUUCAGGGCCGUGACCACAGGACAGGCUGGCUGCAGAAGGACUUUCAGACAAGCUGUCUCCGUACCCUUUUCAGUAGUGCUUGGAGUUUCUAGUCCUACCAAUCUGUCCAGGACAUUCACCUGUGGCUGGAGCUGCUGCUGUAACACAUUUGUCACCGUCUAUUGCUGGGACAACAGAAUACCACAUUUGGGAUUUUGAUGGAUUUUUUACAUUCUUCUACAAAGGUGUUGAGGAUUUUUGCUGUGUUUCAGCAAAGUGUUUACAUUCUUCAGCUAACAGCAGCAGCCCCUGUGUCUGUCAACCAGAUGAAAAUGCAACACACUCCCUUGCUCUUACACCCAAUCUUUUAAAAACAUACUUGUCAGUGGACACACAAGCGAAUUAGAGUCAAGUUCUGGUUUAGGUCUUCAACUCUAUUGAAAGCUUGGGCAGUUCAAGACUUACACAGCUGGAAAUCAAAAUUCCCAACAGGGAUCAAGAUUUGGAUUGAGGCAGAAAACUACUUUGAGCAUAUGUUUUUCCUGUUGACAAGUAAUGUGGCAACACUGCAUGGAAUACUAAAGACAAUACCCACAGAGGAAAGUUGUACCCAGGGCUCAGGAAACAAAACCAUGGAUGACUCGUUCACAAGGCUAGGCUCAGAUUUCAUCUGACACCUCUAAAUAACAGGCAGAGCUCCAUUUCAGAGAGACACAAUUUUGUCAGCUUGGUUGGUUUUCUUGUUUUUCAGCUAUCCAAGAACCAUCUGAUUCAUUUUAUAACUGGAAAGUCAGCUCUGCAGUAAGGGAAUUUGUACUCAACAAUGCCUUGUUAACUUUCAGUUUUUGUUCCAACUAGAAGAGGAUGUAAUAAACAACUUGCAUUACUCUGUCCUUGGUCUGUUCAGUCCUCUGUUAGACACUUAUCCAAGUGGAUAUGGAUGGUGUUCUUAGCUGUUCCCAUUGUUAACCUGCUUCAGGGAGGGUGAAGGCAGAGGAAGACCAGGAAAAUGCACGCAGUCACUGGUGGAUCUACCCCUAAACCAGAGGAUUCUCUUAAACUCAUGAGACUGUAGCAGUCUCGAAGGACAUGCUGAUCUGCUGGCUGGCUGUUGGUGACUACUGCAGAAGCUUCGCUCCGCAGACCUUUCUUCCUCCCUCAGGCUGCCUUGGUCUCGGUGUCACGGGUCAGUUAAAAGGAGAGGUCUGUCCAAUUUUUUAUGCAGCGUACACCAUUCCAGUAGAAAAAUGGGAAACCAUUAGUUUUUAUGCUCUAGUGUCUGGGGCUGGCGUUUUCCAAACUUAGUAACUCAAAAUCAGAUUUUCUCUUCAACACUGAAAACUAUAAAGUCUGUAAGAGUUUAUAAAUUUGCAGUGUCUCCUGCUGCAGAGAAAAUGUGUUCAUGUCGUACAUCUUUCAGUGCCAUCUACUGUAACCACACUGUAAAGAAAAUACUGCACUUAAGGUUUUCUGCCUUAUGGCAGAAUGUGCUUCUUAUAAUCCCUUUAUUGACUAAAGCAGAUGGAAUCAUUUUCAGUGUCUCUAUACAAAAAGCAUAAAAGAUUUAAGUCUGAAAGCUGAACAUCCAAACAUAAAUUACAGUCAGUUGAGAAAGUCAACUCAAACUGGCCUUAGAAUUUCCUGUGCAGCCUUAAUGGAGUGCCUGACAGGGCCUCCUACUCAUCAACCAACUUCUGCACAGGAUCACACUCAUUUCCAUUAAUCAUAACUAAUGCAUCGCACGGUGUCUCUGUGUGCACAGAUCUACACCAAAAGGGGCUUGGGAUCUUUCGCUCUCAAAGAAUGACAAGGACCAGCCUAGAAGAAAGACUGGCUGUGGCUGGCUGCAGGUGGGUGAGUGCCAGGAACGCCCCUCGGGGUGCCACCACGGGCCCUGCCCCAGGGCUCUGCCCUUGCCAGGGCCAGCGGCUCAUUUACACACAUCCAGGGGGGGAAAAGGAAAGGGGCUUUCAUAAACACUCUGCUAAUUAAAAAGAAAAAAAAGAAAAGCGCAAAAGCAAAGAGCUUGAGACAUUAACAUAAUUAGAAUUUCCUCGGAAUGUGCCAGCAUGGAAGUACAUCCAAAGCAGCUUGUCUCCCAGAUUUCACAUUUCCUCCGACUUUUUUGACUUUUGGGGUUGUUUUUUUUCCUGAGUGGCAGCAUUGAUGUGAACCACCAAGCAGAGUCAUUUUGAGUUAAUCAUAAUAAGAGGCAAAUAUUUGUGACAACUACUAGGAGAUAAAAUAAAUAUCCUUGCAGCCUCCUAGUCAAUUCCCAGCUACAGCAGAAUCACUAGUAUAUUAAAUGUGGUCUGAAAAAGAAGAGUAAGGAAAAUCUGAUGAUUCAGUCUAAUUUGGUAUUUCACAGAUGGACAAGGACUAUGGGAUGUGUAGACAGGAAAACUACUUGACUUCUGGAAUAUUACAAGCCCUAUAAUUCUGCAUAAAAACAUUCAUUUGUGGGGCCAAAUACUGUAGCUACUUUUAGACUGUUCCAUUUUCAAGGGUAUAUUAUAUUGUGGUGACUCGGCGGGAGCGGCCACGUGGCAGUCCUGCAGGAAGGCAACACUGAGUGUUCAUGUCAGCCUGCAACGUGGAUCUUGGCUGAAAGGUUCCACUUCCACCAAACCAAGGCAGUACUUCAUAAAUAUAACGUAAUUUUUGCUGCUUAAUACAGAAGAAACUUCUAAAUUCACAUUUACAAAGAAAAUACAUGUAAGCAAAUACGCCAGAGUGGCUCCUUCACCAUAAGCCUGACUGAGGUUCAGCACAACUGUUCUGCAGUAGUAGCUCUGUAUCAGUAAUACUCAUUGAAUGACCCUCUGGAGGGAACUGCUUCAGAUCUGGCUUUCUAAAAGCCACUGCAUAGUCUCAGUUGUGUCAUGGAGCACAUUUCUAUGUCUAUGGAAAUUUAUAGGAAGGUAGUAUCUAAAUAUAUUUUUAAGUUCCUAGUGUUUUAAAAUGGAAUAAUUAUUACAAGAAGAAAGAGUUGUAUGUGAUAUCCUGUUAAGCUCUGAUGUUACCAGAGGUAGAAUUAAAACUGAGAGAACAUAUUCAUGGUUUAAUAAAGUGUCCCAAUUAUAUAAUUUUGACAGAAACAAAUAAUAUUUUUCAAUAUUAGGCUGAAAUAUGCAAAAUAUAUUCCAAUGCUCAGUACAUUCACAGAGGUUAAGUAAUCAAACUAGUCAAACAUUUGGAAGCUAGAAGUGGAUCCUGAUCCCUGUUACACCACUGAACAUUACACUUCAUUAGCUGGGGGGCGGGGAGGGGCAUAAGAAGCUCAUUACAGAUCAGGAGGUUGUUUUCCAUAAAGGAGAAAGCCGACUAAGAUUGUGUUUGGAAUUCAAAAUGCCAGUUUCUACUGCUACAUAUUUACAUUUGUCCCCUGCCUGAAAAUUAAAUAAAUAAGUGCCAAAACUGACAGCUCUGAAUUUUUAUUUUCAGUCAAGAGUACUGACUGUGUCAAGUACACAGACGUACUCAACAUCAAGUACUUUUUAAUAAAAGAUUUCAUCUCUAUGCCAUAGCACAGUAGUAGAAUCUGUUGGAGAGACCACACUGUGCUGUGCUGCAUGAAACUGUGUAUAUUCCUAGAAUUGUGUAUCAAAUACUUGGCCUGUAUGGACUAAGGAGCAGUAUGUUUUCCAGUUAAACUGGUAUCAGGUAGUAAACAGUGCUCAUGGAAGAAAUCAAGCCAAGAAGGCUCCAGCAGAAAGAUUCUUGUUGAAAAAAAAAAAAAAAAAAAAAAAAAGAGAGA